AUGGAUAGAAAUUCAGGACUAAAGUUCUUCGUGGACAGUGGAGCAGAUGUAUCAUUGCUGCCAGCAUGUUCUACAACAAAGGGAUCGUGUGACUACAAAUUACAUGCUGCUAAUAUGACAGAAAUACCGACUUUUGGUAUAAAGGUACUUACUGUAGAUUUAGGACUGAGACGCCCAUUCCAAUGGCCGUUCAUCGUUGCCAAGGUAAGCAAAGGCAUAUUAGGUGCAGAUUUUUUGAAUCAGUUUCAUUUAUUAAUUGAUAUAAAAAAGAAACAGUUAAUUGAUGGCAAAGUCUCAAGUGAUAUAAUGUCAAUUGGGGUUGAUCAUGUUAUAUCUACCAUAAAUAAUUCUUUGAAAUUUGCUGAACUACUAUGUCAGUACCCAAAUAACACUAAACCUAAUGUGCUAAAUAAACAAACAAAGCGUAAUGUUAAACACUAUAUUUGUACAAAAGGCCAACCUGUGUAUGCACGUGCACGACAGUUAGAUGCAUACAAACUGAAAUUGGCAAAGCAAGAAUUCAAGUUUAUGCUUGAUAACAAUAUCAUCCGACCAUCAAAAUCCCAGUGGGCCAGUCCUCUACAUUUAGUAAACAAAAAAGAUGGAACUCUUAAACCUUGUGAGGAUUAUAGACUACUAAAUGCUCAGACAGAUGAGGAUAAGCCAAAAACAGCUAUCAUUACACCAUUUGGGUUAUUCGAGUUUAAUGUAAUGAGUUUUGGACUUAGGAAUGCACCAUCGACGUUUCAGCGUUUUGUGCAUGAAGUAAUCCAAGGUCUUGAUUUUGUGUUCCCUUACUUGGAUGAUGUAUUAAUAGCCUCAUCAUCAGGAGCAUAG